AGAAACCAAAAUGGCUUCCCAAAUUUCCUGGAUUUUUAUUUUCGUCAACAUUUUGCUUGUUUUCGUACAAGUUUUGGGAGGCCGAGACUUUUACAAGAUUCUUGGUGUUUCAAAAUCUGCGACAACAAACCAGAUCAAAAAGGCAUACAGGAAAUUAGCAAAAGAAAAUCAUCCCGAUAAAAAUCGAGAUGAUCCCGAGGCGGAGGAUAGAUUUAAAGAUCUUGGUGCAGCAUAUGAAGUGUUAUCCAAUGACGAAAAAAGAAAAACCUAUGACAGACAUGGUGAAGAGGGUCUGAAGCAAGGGGAUUCUUCUGGAGAUCCUUUCUCAAGUUUCUUCGGAGACUUCUCGUUCUUUGGUGGAGGAAUGAGAGAACAGCAGCGAGAGACGCCAAAAGGUGGUGACGUUUUAGUUGAUUUGGAUGUUACAUUAGAAGAACUUUUUACUGGAAAUUUUGUCGAGGUGGUUAGAUACAAACCCGUUGCCAAACCAGCGCCAGGCACAAGAAAAUGCAACUGUCGCCAAGAGAUGGUCACGCAUCAACUUGGCCCAGGAAGAUUCCAGAUGAGCCAGCAACAAGUCUGUGAUGAAUGUCCUAACGUCAGGAUGGUACCGGAGGAAAAGCUUCUUGAGAUCGAGAUCGAGCCUGGGAUGAGGGAUGGCCAAGAGUAUCCCUUCGUGGCAGAGGGGGAGCCCCACAUUGAUGGAGAACCUGGGGAUUUGAGAUUCAAAAUUAGACAGCUGAAGCACUCAAAAUUUGAGAGACGUGGCGAUGAUCUGUACACAAAUAUCUCCAUAUCGUUAACUGAUGCUUUAACUGGAUUUGAAGUAGAAAUAAAACAUUUAGAUGGCCAUGCGGUCAAAGUAGAGAGACAAAAAAUAACAUGGCCCGGUGCAAUAAUUCGUAAAAAACACGAGGGUAUGCCAAACUAUGAAAAUAAUAAUGUGAAAGGGAUGCUGUAUAUAACGAUAGACGUUGAUUUCCCAAAAGGAGAAUUAUCAAAAGAAGAGAAAGAAGAUCUAAGGAAGAUUCUAAAACAGGAAUCAAAACAAAAAGUGUACAAUGGCUUGCAGGGUUAUUGAUGUAGUGAAGACUUUAGGUGAAUUAUUGAAGUGAUUCCUGCCUGGUGUGGCCCCGCCUGGAGGAGGUUGAAGUACACAUCUUGGAUCACUCAUUUUUGAUGCCACACUUUUUAACACACAGUUGGAAACACUUUCUGUAAACCGGGGUUAUGUUUGCAAUGUUCAUUUCUCAUGAUUUUGAGACACUAAACCUCAGCUCUAAUGCAGAAACAUGAAAUUUUGUCAACAUAUUCAAGAUGAAGUCAAAUUCGUAAACAUUUGGUUUUGCAAACAUAACCUGGUUUACAGUAUACUUGAAGAAUUGAAAACUCUUUCUUGAAUAAUCGGUAUGGCUUGAAAUUUGUUGACAAAGGGCUCCUUAUCUGAUUAAAACUGGCACUUUUGCUUAACUUGUUAAAAGGGACACUUGGAUCCUGCAUGAACCACUUCUGGCGUGAGACAUAGCAGCACCCUUAACCAGUGCUGCCCUACAAACGGUCAUUUUUUCAGCUGGAAAUUCCCAAUUUUAUCUAAACCCUCUAUCAGCACAGCUUCAGAAUGGAACAUUGGUGGUGCACAUUUCUCGAUAUGACACAACACACUCUUCUACCUGUUUCUGUUACCUAUCAAUUGUGAUUGGGUCUGAUUCGAAAAAUACUUGCAUGCUACCCUUGUAAUCAAAUGACAUCUAGGUCAUACACGGCAACAGAAUAUAUUAUUGCGGCCAUCAUAAUAGGAGGUGACGCCGAAGAUUAUAUGUAGAUUUCAAUGUCUUCAGGUUUUGGUGACAAAUCUUUGGUAAAGGGAGACUACGAAGUAGCUGGCUGGGUCGCAUUAAGGUUCAUGAAGUUGCCGAUAGGUGCCUCUAUUAUCUCUCAGUACAUCGGCACGAAUCACAAUAUUUCUCAUGUGAAAUAUUUUAACUAUAGAAUCAACCAGACCCAGUGACUGAACAUAUCUACAGUAGAACCUCUCUAUUAAGGACACCCUCGGUACUGACAAGUGCUAUCCUUAAUAGAGAGGUGUCCUGAUUAAAGAGGUCAAUAAAAUGGAAACAACCAAUUUGGGACCGAAACUAGUGACCUUGAUAGAGAGGUUGUCCUUAUAGAGAGGUGUCUGCUAAGGGAGAUUCUACUGUAUAGUACUGUAGAUCACCUGUUGGUCGCCCAGCUCCUGAUGAUUGUCCCCCUUUAAAUAUUUGUCACAGUUGCUUUAUAAAUGAGGUAUCAUAAAUGAUGGUUCACAUUUUGUUCAAUAUGGGAAGUUUAGUGGCGGUGGUGUUGGUUAUGACUACCAGGAACUUACCUCUAUUAAAGAAUUGUUAAUUACUGUAAAUCAGUGGUGUUGUCGCGGAGGAAAAAUACUUGCUUUAUCAAAUCAGUUAUGCAUGUUUUUUGCCAUUUUUCAAUGGACGUUUUGGAUUCAAACUUGUUUAUUUGUUUUUGUUGCAUUUUGUUCUUCCUACUUAACAUAGUUUCUUGUUUUUCAAUGAGGAACCUGCACAACAAAACCUGCCAAUAGAGGGCCCUGCAGGCAAGUGGACCAUGUUUGUGAUGAGAAAGCCAUUUCCCGGGUUAAUGAAUAUUGAAUAUUUCAUCCCUUAAUUACUCUACAUGGGGAAAUAGCACCAAAAAUGUUGUUUUAUUGGUCCUUAAUUCUAUUUUGAUGAGUUUUAGGGAGAAAAUCAACAAAACUUAAUGGAAAAUACACUUUUUAGUACUGGUGCUACCAUCUGGAUUUUUAGCUCUGCAGGUUCCUCAUUAGCCCAUCUUAUAAUCCUAUAAUGAUGUUUACAAAUUAAUUAACUUUUCUUGAUUACCUGGUCUUGUCUAAUUAGCGUUAUGGUCAAUAAUUUUAUGCAUUCUGAUGCCAAGGAAGUGAUGAAUAAAUUGAGAGCCUGUUUGUGUUAUUAGCAUUUUAGGAGCAAAGUUAUUGUCCUUUGUCCAUCCAGAAGAGAUUUUUGUGCAGUAUUUGCUGUAACUUUCCACUUAUUUGCUUUCCAUUACAUGUAAUUUGUCUAUAAUAUUUAUUUGUGUUGCCAGACUCCUUGUUUCUCUGGAUGUGCAUCUACAAGUUUUUUGGUUGAUAACGAGCAAUGUUGAUGAAGGGUUUCUGUAACUGAAUUAUUACUGUGGCCUGAGAGUUUGAUUGGUGACCAAUGGACACCAAUAGAUGGAUAUCUGAUGACGUCACAGCAAAUUUGUAAAUACCAUGCGCAUGCAAUCUCGUAUCUCUUUGAGAAAAGUUGUAUGUCCAUCUAUCAAACCUGGUCAGGUGCAGUAGUGUUGCAAAAUGUAGGUGACAGCAUAGACAAUUGACCUGCAACUUACUUGAAACGUAAGUGGGGUCAACACGGCAGAAAUUUGGUAAACAUUACUUUGAUACUUUGGGAGUUUUGAAAAAUCAAAAAUAUCUAAUCCUAUUUAUGGAGGUGAACUUAUCUUAUGGCACAGCACCCGUCGUCCUCGUCCGUUAGCAAGGCACGUUUUGUAACUGCUGGAGCUGUCAACUUGAAACUUGGCACAUAUGUUCCCCUAUGCAAUGACACCUGGGAGACCAAAUUUCGGCAAUUUGUGAUUUUUCUUCUUUCUAUUCAAUACCUUUCUGUCAAACCAACUUGGGAUUCAUGUAAAAUUGACAAUAUUGGGUGCCGUAGUUUUUAGCCUUUCAGUUAAUAGUUUUUGAGGUCUUAAGAUGUGUAAUAUGAAGAGUAGAUGAGUUUAGAAUUGUCUAUGUUAUGUUUGAUUGGUAGUGUCAAUGCGACUGUUCAUCAUAUAAGAGACCCUCUCAUGAUUGACUUAUAGAUCAAAAAAAAAGAUAGGGAUGUUUACAAUGACAAAAUUGAAAAAAACAUUCCGCCAUGAAGAUUGUUUUUCUGGCUCCCUUUGAACAACCUGACCCUGUUAUACACAAUGGUACAGUGCAGUUAUUAUGCAUACGAACUUGCUGAAACUUGAUAUUUAUAGUAUUUGUAUAUUUGUCCACACAACGGCAAUGCGGAAUUAGGCAAUUGGAAAUUUUUGCAGACGAAGUAGGCCUUUAACAGUGAACUAAUAUAACAGAACAUCCACACAUUCUGACCUCACCAUCUUUCAGUCAGGUGGGGCUUAGAUUUCAUGACCGGGUGUAACCAUGUGACUCAGGGGUGUUUGUGUUAUUUGGUGAGCUACGUCUGUAGUCGGCUGGAAAAGGUAUAAGAUUUUGGAAUAAGGUCGGUUGUGAAUUCUGAGCCCUGCCCAAAAUUUUAGUCUGUGACUAUACAUGUAUAGUGUGAGAUUUUUGUACAAAAUAGUGUUAUGUUGACACAAUGAAAUUUACAAUA